UUUCCCCCCCCCAAACUUUCUCGGAGCGGAGAGCACAGUUGGCGAUUUUCGUGAAGCCGCCCCUGUUUUUGUUUUUCUCUUUGGGGGUGUGUUUUGGCAACACGAGUUGAACUUUUGGUCCAAAUGUAUUUGCUGCAUCGCCACAACCACCAACCAAUUAUAUUCCCGCAGUUUGUUCGAGGAACGUUUUUCAUUUUAACAUUUUUGCGCAAGGGAGCCCUCUCACCGCUGCGCGCGCGCAAAAGGAGAAUACUAUGUAUGGCUAUGUCUACAUACGAAUGCGGGUAUACACCAAACACGACAUCGUUCCCGAUGAACGCUCGUUACGAGACGCCUUCGUUCGUCUACUCGCCCAAGUCUACGGAACAUCUCGUGCGAUGACCCCCGUGGACAUCCUUUUCCUCGGACGUCCAGAGUAUUUGUAUGGAUGCGAUCAAAUACAGGCAUUUGUCCGUGUUCAUAAAGAUGAUGCAGCCAUCGUCAUUGGUGCUUUGGCGGCGUACAGUAAUGCUGCUAAACCAUCCAGUUCGAAGGAGGAGGGAGAGGGGGACUACUCAUCGUCAGAGAUAACGGGAUUUUCAUUUAUCAAACGGUCCGCAGUUCUCGCGGAGCUUUCGACCGAUUUGGACGCGUUUAAACAAACUCACGAGAGAAGUCAUCAUUGAUCAAUGAUGGUUUUUGGGUACAGCUAGAUUGGUGUGUUGCGGACGAGUGUUCGAGUCCCCCUUCUUUUACCGUUUACCGUUAACUUCGAACACUCACCCCAUCUCCGUGGAGGCGGCAAGUAUC